UAGAAAACGAAAUUGUUUUGAUUAAUGAGUGCUAAUGAAUGUGUAACGUUGUUAGCAUCUUUCACAUGCAUCAAGAGCUGGAUUUUGGAAUAACAAUGUAUAAUUUGCUAACGAACGUUACAUUGAAGAAUCCUUUGAUUGCCGGUGAUGGUAACCCAAGACAACAUGAGAUAAGAAACGACUGAUCAAGCUAACGUUAUUGUCUGCCCUUGAGAGAAUAUCGGGAAUCCUCUUAGUAGAAACAUUUUUUCCUAACAGACUGGAAAUAUGCAAACCUAGCUACCUGGCAAUACAUCUUCCUGAUGGGGUGUAGUGCUACUUCUGUGUACCACAGUAAUACAGUACUACCUUGACAUUCAGGAUUCAUAGCUUAGGCCUACUUGUGUUGAUCAGAUCAUCACUCAAUAUAACAUUUACAUUUGCAUCAGUAGUCUAGCAACUGCUCCACCAUUUUGGGGGUUCAGUCAAACAUUACUGUAUUUCACACAUUUCUGACUGAGGGUUAGUAAAGUCAGCUUUCUGUCAAGAUGUUUUCCGCUCUGAAGAAGCUAGUUGGUUCUGAAUCAGGCCAGCCGAGGGACAAGAGCAUCCCUGCUGGUAUGCAGUCCAUGAACCAUAGUUUACAGAGACGUUUUGCCAAAGGAGUACAGUACAACAUGAAAAUAGUUAUCCGUGGAGACAGAAAUACUGGAAAGAGCACUCUAUGGCAUCGACUGCAAGGAAAGAAAUUCACAGAUGACUACAUCCCCACUCAAGAGAUCCAGGCAACCAGCAUCCAUUGGAACUACAAAAUUGAACAUGGCACAUAUAAAGCCACUGAUGACGUGGUCAAGGUGGAGGUGUGGGAUGUGGUGGAUAAAGGCCAAAAAUACCCUCUCCCUGAGGGUGUAGGCCGAGGUAAAAAGCGAGGGGACACUUUGAAAGUGGAGAAUGAACCCCAAGAGUCUGACGAGGUGGCCUUGGAUGCAGAGUUCCUCGAUGUUUACAAGAACUGCAACGGUGUGAUCAUGAUGUUUGACAUCACCAAGCAAUGGACAUUCAACUACAUCCUGAGAGAGCUACCCAAAGUACCCACUCAUGUUCCAGUGUGUGUCCUAGGUAACCACAGGGACAUGGGUGACCACCGUGUCAUCCUACCUGAUGACAUCCGCCUGGUUAUCGCUAAUCUGAAUAGACCCAUGGGUUCCUCCUAUAUUCACUACGCUGAAGCCUCUAUGAAGAAUGGAUUUGGCUUGAAAUAUUUACACCGAUUUUUCAACAUCCCUUUCCUGCAACUUCAGAGGGAGACUCUCUUACGGCAGCUCGAGACCAACCAGUUAGACAUGGACGCCACUCUGGAGGAGCUCUGCGUGCAACAGGAGACUGAGGAUCAAAACUAUGAAAUUUUCUUGGAGAACAUGGAGACCCGCAAUAAAGGCUAUGGUUCACCUUGUCCAGCCAAUGGUCAGAGCCCUUCCUCGGGCUCCCAAUCCCCCAUCGUCCCUCCAAGUGGGGCCUCCACUGGCAGCUCUAGCCCUGGGACCCCUCAGCAGCCACCCAUCCCUGGCCAGGUCCCCAGCCUGCAGUCUCCCUCGCCUUCUCCUCCGCCUCCUGCCCUGCCAGCCGGGAUGGUUUCCCCCACCGCUGAGCCUCAGUCCCCCACUCUGACGCAGGCUCAGAGUCCUGAUCAUACUGGACCGUCACCAUCUCCCCCGACCCCUGCCCAAGCCCUGCCUCCUCAGAAACGUGGCCUCAUCUCACGUCUCUUUGGCUCCGCCCCUGCCCCAGAAGCACCUGCAGCCAUGCCAGAGCCAGAGCCUGCCCCUGUGUGUCCUGCUAACGUUCAGAGUGUGGAUGACUUUGUGCCAGACGAGGGUCUGGAUAAAAGCUUCCUGGAGGACAGCCUCCCCUGUAAAGUCAAGGUCCCCCAGCCAGCACCUGCACUGGACAGUGACAGUGAUGGAGAGGACAGAGGGAACCCUAUGGUGGCAGGUUAUCAGGAUGAACUGGACCCAGAUGACAAAGAGCUGCCCCAGCCCAGCACCCUGGGCCUUCUCACCACUAAAGACUUCACCAUGUCCAGCGAUGAGGAGGAAGCACAGCCCGCACCACCACCAGCACCCGCUGUCACUCAUGAUGACCACCUCGACCUUGACAGUGAAUCAGAGCUGAAAAGACCAGGCACUGAGUCCAUAAUGCCCCAUGCCAUGGAGCCUCAAGCUCCGGAGCCUUUGACUCCUGCUUCCCAGCUCUUGGAGAACACUGUCCUCUUGGAGGCAGAGCCAAUCUCCCUCACCCCCCUCACCAUGACCCCUACACCUGCAGUAGCCCUGGAGCAGCCAGGCCCCCAGCCAGGCCCACCCAGAGCGAAGAAGGGGGGAAGCCCUGGGGUGGAGGGUUCAGACUCUGACCCAGAGGCCCCUGUUGCUGAACAGAUGCUUUCCUUCAUCAUGGAUGAUCCUGACUUUGAGUCUGAGGAGGAGGUGGUUAUUCAGAAGAUAACUAAGGAGGUUUUCCCAGUCAGGGAUGAAGUACUGUCUGAUCUGGAGCUGUCAGAUGAUGACAUCCUUCCAGCCGUGCUGAUCCCUGAGCCUCUGAAGCCCACGCUGGUCCUGAAGUCCUCCUUUAAGAGCAAGAAUGAGACAGACCUGUUUGGCUUGGGCUUCACGGAGGAGGCCCCCAGAGCCAAGGACAGCAGCGAGGACCUAGAGAAGGAAAGCAAACACUCUUCAAAAGAAAAGAAGAAAAAGAAGAAGAAAAGCAAAGAGGAGGAGGAGAAGAGCAGCAGCAAGAAGAAGCAUAAAAAGGACAAGAAAAAGGAGAAGGAUGAGACAGGAACAGGAGAUGACCAAGAGAAGAAAAAGAAGAAAUCUCGGACCAAGAAAACCGGGGAUGUGGAUGACUUGGAGGAUUUCUUGGCUGGAGGGGAGGGGUCAGCAAAUCGAGAGGGCAGAGACUAUGAAGAACUCUAGAACCCAAGUCCUCCUUUUUUGGAACUUGACUCUGAAGAGCUGCAGAACCCAAUUUGUCGUUUGAAACCUUUUGGUUCCUAGAACCAGAUUAAUUUGUGCACAAGCAGCAUCCGCAAGCCAUAACCAUUGUCGUGCUCACCCAUUCCCAGGCAAAAACCUAGACUCUACGGUGGCUGUAUGUUGCAUUGAUUUUAUUUCCCAUGAGCGCUAUUGAUCACACUCUUGACCUUUUGGAUGAGAUGAGAAACCGGAAGGAGACUUACACCCACUGUGGUGUAACACAAACGUUAUGAUCACUGCAGGGGAGCCACUAAGGAAAGAUUUGACUUUUUUUUUUUUUUUUUGGGAACAUUUAACCUAACAUUUUUAUUUGCUUACUGUUUUUUCUUUUUACUUUUAAAAGAUGCCAACCUAAAGUGAACCACUCCAAAAGGCUAGGCAGGGCUAACUUGUUUUUGUCUGAAUGUCCUCUAUUUUCUAUAAGAAUUGCUUGAGAGCAUGCUCCUGUUAAAUGAUGACUGAUUGACAGUGUAGAUAUUACAUAGUGGAGAUAUUCAAGGUAGAUGGUCAUAUUUCACAUAUUGAAGAUUUCCCUCCUACUUCGAUCCACUGGUUUUGUUUCUCUGACUCAGUGAUGUAAUGGUUGUUGGAAGUUGUGCUGCUUUAAUCUAAAGAAGUGCUAUCUCUGUCUAUUUGAUAAUACACUCCCUCCAACCCCCCACAAUGGAACAGGUCCCCCAAUGCACCAUUUUACAGCUACAUUGACCAUAGUUUUAUUUUCUCUACAUCCCAAAUGACACCCUGCACCCUAUUCCCUAUAUAGGGUGGUACCCAUAGGGCUAUGAUCAAAAGUAAUGGACUAUAUAGGGAAUAGGGUGCCAUUUCAGACGCAGCCUUUGUGUCACUUUCUCUAGGGCAUCAGUACACAUUUUCAGUGUGUUUUCAUUAGAUGCCUUAAAAGGAAGUUACAUACAAACACUAACCAUGUGUUAAGUGCUCUUACUGUAAGUCAAACGAACUGCAUCCAAACUGACAGGAAGUAGCAUCAGACAGAUGUCUGGUGCCUUCGAUAGGUGAACUGUAACUGUAUUUCACUCCACAACGUAUCCUAUACUAUGUACUUUGAAUUAGAGCCAGUACCACAACCUCGGCAGCCCAACAGACAAUAUAUGGAAAUGUUUGCUUUUAUACAGAGCUGCUGCUUGGACAUUGGAUUGGAAUCAUGUUUUAUAUUGUCAAGACACUCUUAACAAUUUAUGAAUAAUUGCAAAAGUAAUAAGCUGCUUACACAAAUAAUAAGGUAACACAAACAAUUAAUUGCUACUACAUACAUUUUCUGCAUUUCAAGACUCCUAUUCUAAUUUUAACUAAGCAUAACUGUUGUCUGUCUCGUUUUGAAGUUCCAUUACCUUUGCUUCAGAUGUUCAUUUGAAAAAUACUUUUUUUGCAAUGGCUGUUUUUCUUGGAGAUAUUUCAAAGGCAGCCUACUAACAUUGAAUGCAGCUUUUUAUGGCCUGAAACAUGUCAACAACAGUAGUGCUUCAUUAAUACUAGUCUCAUCAAAGUUAUUUACCUUUACCAAUUUUUUCUUAUGAGGAAAUACAAAUGGGAUUGAUUCAUAUGUAUGGUGUGGUUGUUUGUCAUCUGGUUUGACUGAAAUACAAGGUUUCUAUUGCCUGCUCCAAAUUUGUAGAGAUUUCCCAUGUGUUAGUAUACUACAACAGGUUGACUAGUUGCAUCACAAAAAGUAAUGAGUAAUUCCAAUCUGUUUACAUUGCAAAGACUACCAUGCUAUUCUGUAAUGAUGACAGACACCCAUCAAUUUCAUUAAGAGCAGCAUGCAUUCAUAUGCAUAUCAGACAAGGAAAUAAAUGCAAGUGUUAUUCAGGAAUGAUAUACAUUUUAUUUCCACAAUGUUACAAGGUAUGUUUUUUAACUGACAACAUACUUUUAGAUGUGUUACAUUCUUGUCAGUUUAGAUUACAAUUUUACUGGUCUGAUAUCAAAUUGAAAUGUCAAAUUUAUGUUUCAAAAUCUGAAACUAUGCAUUGAUCUUGAAUACUGUGUGAUCUGCUUCCUUGUUUAUAGUUGUCAUUGGGUUGUUCAUAGCAAAAUGCUAAAAGCACAGUUCCAAUUGAGGCAUGAGACUUAAGUUGUGCAAUAACAAAAUCAUGUAUAGAAAGGAACAUUGAUAUAUUUAUUUUCAUCCCAUGAAAUGUUUCCAUAUUCUCACUGGAUGUGAACCUGUGUUUGGUUUGUCUAAUAAAUGCAAACUUAUUUCUUCA